AUGGCCGACGACGAACUCGCGAGUCUCGCGGCGACGAAACGCCAGCAAAUCCUCCCUUACGGCCGGGUAGUUAACUUUGCUCCUGGCCCGGCAUGUUUGCCGGUUGAGGUGUUGCUUGAGGCGCAGCAGGAUUUUCUCAACUGGCGCGGCUGCGGGAUGAGCAUUUUAGAGAUGAGCCACAGAGGUAGGUAUUACCUCAAGAUGCUGGAAGAGACAAAAGGCCAUCUCGCCGCACUCCUCAAUCUGCCUCCGUCUCACCAUCUCCUCUUUAUGCAAGGAGGUGCGACCCUUCAGUUCGCCGCCCAGCCUCUCAACAUGCUCAGAGCUUCUGGGGACACUGCGGACUACGUUAUUACAGGGAACUGGAGUCGGUACGCCUUCAAAGAAGCAGGAAAAUACGGCAACAUGAGGGUGGCAGCAGACAACAAAGCAAACGGGUCUGUUGACCUUCCUGCCGUCACCGAAUGGAGCCUGAAUCCGAACGCGGCGUAUGUACACUACUGCGACAACGAGACUGUGUACGGCUUGGAGUUCCCUCAAACUCCCGAUCUCUCGCAGGCUCGUUUCUUGCCUCCCACAGAACUUCCUCUCUUCUCUUCCUCGUCGCCCUCUUCUCCAGGCCCUGGAGAUGCUGGAGCAAAUGGAAGUGCUGAAGGCAGCAACGGAAACGGAGGCGAAAAGUCUCCGGCCGAAUAUUCCGCGAAAACGAAGCUGCGCCUCACCAGUGACAUGUCCUCGAACUUUUGCAGCCGGCCGAUCGACAUUGAGGCACAUGCACUUAUUGUGGCCGGCGCUCAGAAGAACGUGGGACCGUCCGGCGUCACGAUCGUCAUUGCUCGGGAUGAUGUUCUUGGAAAGGAACUGGACCUCUGCCCGUCCAUGUGCAGUUACAGCCUGUGUAAGAAAGCGGAUAGCGCGCUGAACACUCCUCCCGUCUUCAGCAUUUACAUCGUGGGUCUGAUGGCGAAGUAUCUGCGCAAGCAAGGAGGCUUGGCGAGCUGGGCAGAUGUGUGCGCAAGGAAGGCGAAGAAGAUCUACGACGUGAUCGACGAAAGCGACGUCUUCCUGUGUCCUGUGGCCGAAGGCGCCCGGUCAAGAAUGAACAUUCGAUUCUCUGUCGUCGACCCCUCACACAGAGAAGAGCACGAAGCGAGAGAAGGAGCGACGAAGACAGCCCGCGAACAAGCUCCAGAGCACGUGGAACUGACACGAAAGUUCCUCAGAGAAGCCGAAGAACGGGGACUCUACCACUUGGAAGGACACCGCGCACUGGGAGGCUGCCGCGCCUCUCUCUACACAGGCAUGCCCAUGGAAGGCGUUGACGCCCUCGUUCAGUUCAUGAAGGAAUUUGCGGAAGAAAACAGCGACGUGUCGUCGCCAGAAACGAAGAAGUCCCGCCAAGCAGCGUAG